GUAGAUCAACAGACACCUCCUGAAGAUCAAAGGUGUCCUGACUCCGCCCUAGUACAAAUCACAGCAACGAACCUGUUCCCACAAGCAAAUCACAGACCGAUCGCCGUCAUGUUCAAGGCCGCCCUCGCCCUCGUGGCCGCCCUGGCGCUGCUCAGCGCAGCGCCCGCCCUGGGCCAGAGGUCGCUGAAGCAGAUGCAGCCUCAGCAGCCGCCUGCACUGCCAGCGCUGCAGUUGGACGAGGGCACCACGAGCUUCGUGCAAUCUGCGCUGCAGGAUGUCUUCAGCGCCCUGUCAUACAGCGCUGGUGACCAGCAGAAGAUCGCCCCCAGCCCUCCCAAGCCCCAGCCAGUGUACUGCGGGACCCCCACACAGGCGGUGCACAUCCAGGCAACGGGCAGCACAUGCAACGUGACCGUCUUUGACAUAAACGCUCUCUACACGGCGGUGACUAACCCCACCAAGCCAUGCGAGGCGUCCAUCUACAACCGCACCUGCACUGUCUUCCAGGGCUCCCUCCUGCUCGACAUCUCGCCGGCAGUCGACUCCACCGGCAACUUCCUGCAGCAGAAGGACCCCAAGAUCCAGGGCUACCUGGCCAGGCUGGGUCUGGGCAACCUGGUGUCAACUGGCAUGCUGUCCAUCAACGUGCUGUUUGGCAACUUCAUCCAAGUCAGCGCCCUUGACUUCCUGCCCUCCCUCGAGUCCAUCACAGGCAUCCCCACCGGCACCUCGGCAGACUUCACCAAGCCCUUCAUCAGUCAGUUGAAGAUCAGCGGAGGCGGACCCAUCCCAGGAGUGGGAUCUCAGAACACCCUGCCCUCCUUCUCCUCAAUCACCUUCAAGCCAAAGAAGGUGGUGGGCAAUCUGCAGGUCACCGGCACAGCACUCCCGGACCAAGGCACCUUGAACCAACUCCAAGCAGUCGACGGCAACAUUCUGAUCGCGAACAACAACGCAAUGGCAGCUUUCGAUUUCUACUCUCUGCGAUUCGCCGGAUCGGGCAUCGCGCUUUUCCAGAACCCGACGCUGACAUCGUUCGAGGCCCCCCGGCUCACCGCCGUCGCUUCCAACGCGCCCGAUGACGUCAUCACCACAGGGCUGCAGAUCAGCCAGAACCCGGCGCUGGCAAAGCUGAACCUGCCGAUGCUGGAGGCCAUCGGUGGUCCCCUGAUCAUUGCCAACAACAGCGCGCUUACUACGCUCGCCACCCUUGACCAUCUGGCGGUCGUUAACGCCACCGGCCGCUCGGCCCCCGCUUUUGGCCUGCCCGCCCUCCCGGCGCCCCCAGGCAGCAACGGCCCUACCCUGCCGGGCUUCAGCAUCACGCCGCCGUCAGUGCUGAUCUUCGGCAACAGCCAGCUCAGCGAUGUGUCAGCGCUCGCCAAACUAGGCCGCUGCAGCAGCAACCCCACCUCCACCAGCGACCCCAUCUUCAUCGAGGUGUUCCCCAAGGACUCUGGCCUCAAGUGCACCUUCACCGCAUGGAAGCCUGUAUGCGAGUACAUCCUCAACCAGAUGACAGUGUCUCCAACCUCUGAGUGGCGCAAGAACGGCCUCUGCAUUGCCCUCAAGCAGUGAGUGGCAUUUUGAUCACUGAGUGCAUGUUAUCAGUGACAGCAGUGCAGAUACAGUAGUAGACUAGACUGCAGUGUACAGUGUACAAUAGGGUGGGCCCUUGCCAUUGGAAGGGGACGGCCUAGAAUGUUCGGUCAGGCUAGAACCCUGAUUGGGUGGGCACACAGCAGCAAGAUGUGUUGAAACUACGUGGGAAUUACAGACCAGGUCAGAGUAAUUCCCAUUUUUGCAAGCAUAUUUCAUGGGGUUUAGAAUAGACCUCGAUGCCCUUUGAUUGCCAAGCACCUGAAUUAUGACUAUUUUUGUGCUGAUCCUUCCGGAUCUGUUCUGGAUGUUGCUGAUUUGAUCAUGAUGUGUGCAAGCACCACUAUCCAGGAUUGUGCUAGGAUGACAGAGAUAUGUUUAUAGUUCGAUGAAGUGAUGUCAACAGCUUGAGUUGGUGACAAUAUGAUUGAACAGCGGAAAUGUAAGAUAUCCUACCAGAAUGUCAAC